AUGUCUGACGAAGUUCAGGGGCCUCCCACGCCCAGAAUCCAACAGCAAGAGUUUAAAACACAGUCUAAUCCCAAAGUACCUACAUAUCAGGCACCAUCCUCAACAUCCUCAGAUUCUCCAAUGAAUAAGGAACCAUCAGGUGCACAUCCUAAUCUACUUAAGGUGAACACAGAUUUACCGGUUAGUAGUCCACAGGAGUUGGAACAGCAGAGAACUCCACUUUCUUUGGUCAUUUCAUCAUUUGACAAUGUGCAAACUCUACCUACUCCUAUGGCAUAUACGCCACCAGCCAUUCAACCGCGUUCUCCAAUUGAUCAGUUGCAUGUAGUUAAAAGGCGAGACCCUAAUCGUGCUAGAAAUUUGAAUCUCUCACCUGGGAAGCAGCAGAGAUAUCUUUCCGAAAUAUUCCCAUUGCCUGAUUCUUCAGUUCAAAGAGUCAAUUCUCUGCCGACAGUUUCUGAGACUGCAACACUGGAUACUGCGUUAGCCGAUAGUGCUACUGAAGAUGAAAAACCUCUAUUAGAUGUUGGUGAGGAUAUUUUGACUGGAUAUUUAGUGGAUCAUUAUAAGGAACCAUUAUACUGGCGUAAACUUGAUGAAAUUGGUUCAGGUAAUUUUAGUACGGUUUUCCGUUAUGAAUCCUUAGAUCAGGCACAUGCAGAGUUGAGACAAGUUGCAGUUAAGAGAAUAAAAUAUCCUGAAGAAUUGAUCAGAGGUAAAUGCGAUGAUGAUAGUGAUACUAAAUAUAAGGAAUUGUUAUCGAGAUUAGAAAGUUCUUUGACAAGAGAAUUAAGCGUUUUAAAAUCGUUGAGUCAUCCAUGUGUGGUCAAACUUUUUGGUAUCAAUAAUCCAACUUUCUUACAGAGUGGUAAACCAUUGAGAGACUUAAUGAACCAAAAUAGUGGUCUACCGCCUUGUGAUAUGAUUAUGUCUUAUUGUGCAGGUGGUGAUCUAUUAACCGCUGCCGCUGAUUGCAAUGGAAAAAUUGAAAUGUGGCUGAUUCAACGUAUAUUUGCAGAAUUAACUUUAGCGGUCAAAUAUUUGCAUGAAUCUCAUGUUAUUCAUAGAGAUUUGAAAUUGGAAAACGUUUUACUCAAAUAUCCAUUGCCUGCCUUGAUAGGUAUGAAAGAUUCACCUCUGUUCUUGCAAACAAAUUUCAUAGAAUUGGCAGAUUUUGGUCUAUGUAAACGUAUUAAACCUGGUGAACUUUCUACCGCAAGAUGUGGAUCCGAAGAUUACGUUUCACCAGAAAUUCUCAUGGGGGUUCCAUACGAUGGUCGUCUAAGUGAUACUUGGGCACUCGGUGUAAUACUAUAUGGGUUGUUAGAAUGUAGGUUGCCAUUUGAUCCUCCACCAAAUGCAACUGCAAGACAAAGGAACAGGGCGACUGCUCAUAGAAUUGCAAGAUUUGAUUGGAAAUGGUACCAAUGGGCUAAUGCAGACAUCCCUGCAAAGGAAAUAGUAGAAAACACAUUAGCAAGGAAAACUAACCGUUGGAUGAUUGACAAGAUUUACGAAUCUCAAUUCGUCAAAGAAGCAGCAACCCAAUUUGCAUUUUAA